AUGAUACCCGACAGCGCCCAACCCUCAACCAUCUCCCACAACAACUCACAACUCAAACUCACUACAGUCUCCCAUAACGACCUCAACCAACGAACUAACCACAAGCUUCCCCACAACAACCUCCCAACAACUAUAAUACCAGAUCCCAAACCGAACCCUCACCAAACUACUACGAUAUCUAAGCCCAACAACCAACCUCACCAACAACUAGACCACAUAUUCCCCACAAACAACCCCCCAAUACUACCCACAAGGCGCCCACCUUCACCAACUACUCACCAGCGAACUACCCUGAAUAGUCCAAACCAAACCGUCACCAACUACUACUACAUCUCCCACAACCGGAACCUCACCAACUACUACUUACAUUCCCAUAAACAACCUCCCAAACUACCUACCAACAAUCCUCCCACCAAAAACCUCACAACUACACUACCGCCUCCUAACAACGAUGCACCAACUACUACCAAAACAUCUCCUACAACGAACCUCACCCAACUACUACUACUCUCCCCAAAACAACACCCCAACCUACCUACCCACAUCUCCCACAAACAACCCUCCAAACCUAACUACACACCUCACACAUACCACAGCCAACCUAACUACUACAUCCCUAAACAACGCCUCACCCACCUAAACUCUAACCACAUCCUCCUCAACGACCUCACCACUACUAACUACCAUCCUCGCAACAACAACCUCACCGCAACUCUACAACAUCUCCCACGCAACCUUCCCAAACCAAAUACCCUACUGCAUCUCCUACAACGACCCUCACCAAGUACUGCCACAACUCUAACCAAACGACCUCACCAACUACUUACUAACAUCAUCCCCAACAACCAACCUGCACCCAACUACACCACAUUCCACAACAACCUCACCAACUACUACCCACAAUCUCCCAACGAACCAACCUCACCAACUACUAACCUACAUCCUCCCUACAACGAAACCUCCCCAACAAAUUACUAA